AUAGCAUUCAAAUAGUAUAAGCUUGCAUUUUUUCAUCUUGUUAUAGGUGCCUCAAUGAUGACUUGCCAAUGACCUUGAUGGAGAACACCUCAGAGGUGACUGAAUUUUUUCUUUUGGGAUUAACUGAUGCCCUAGAGCUGCAAACCCCAUUAUUUAUAAUCUUCGCUCUCAUUUACUUCAUCACUGUGUUUGGGAACCUUGGGAUGAUUGUUUUGAUCCUUUUAGACUCCCGACUCCACACCCCCAUGUACUUCUUCCUCAGCAAUCUUUCCCUGGUAGACUGUGUUUAUGCCUCAGCAGUUGCUCCCAAGGUCAUGGUGGCGUUUCUCACAGGAGACAAGAUCAUCUCCUACAAUGCAUGUGCUGCCCAGAUGUUCUUCUUUGCAGCCUUUGCCACGAUUGAAAGUUUCCUCCUGGCCUCAAUGGCCUUUGACCGACACGCAGCAGUGUGUAAACCCUUGCAUUACACGACCACCAUGACAAACACGGUGUGUCUUCUACUGGUCGCCGGCUCCUACAUCUGUGGCCUCUUGCAGUCUUCCAUCCAUGUUGCCUUCACGUUUCACCUCUCCUUCUGUCAUUCCAAUGUGGUCAACCACUUUUUCUGUGACAUCCCCCCACUGCUGGCUCUGUCUUGCUCUGACAUCUACACAAAUGAGAUUGUGCUCUUCGCUUUGGCAGCUUUCAACGUCUUUUUUACACUCUUGGUUAUCUUGAACUCUUACCUGUUCAUUUUUAUGGCUAUCUUGAGAAUGCAUUCAGCUGAGGGGCGAAAGAAGGCCGUUUCCACCUGCGCUUCCCACCUCACUACUGUUUCCAUCUUCUACGGGACAGUCAUCUUCAUGUACUUACAGCCAAGUUCCAGUCACUCCAUGGACACGGACAAAAUGGCAUCCGUGUUUUACACCAUGGUCAUCCCCAUGCUGAACCCUCUGGUCUACAGCCUGAGGAACAAGGAGGUCAAGAGUGCAUUUAAGAAGGUUGCUGAAAAAGUGCAGUCUUCAUUGGGCUUAGUCUAUUAA